AUGGAGGAGCAAAGACCUCCCAAACGCCUGCGCUCAGUGGCCCCCUAUCAAGAUGGGCAUCCUCGAGAGCCAGGCCACUCUGGUGAGGGCCCCAGGGAAGCAGAUGGCCCUGCGGAACCAGGCCAUCCCUCGAAACCCUUUGCUUACGUGAAACCCAUGAGACGUGAGACCCCCGCUUUCACAGAAUCUGCUCGUCUUGCAGAGAGAGGCCGAGGCCGCCAGCGGGGCAGAAGCCGGAGGACAGAAAGAGGCCGCAGCAGGCGGGCCGGCCUCCACCGGGACCCCGGCCUCCAGGCAGGGCCGGGACACUUGCCGGGACCAGAUCUGCACGCAGAGUUCGACCACGGUGAAGACCUCGCCCACCACGUGGAGCCCGACGCCAGGCAGACCCCGUCCUUCCCUUUUACUGGCGCAGCGACGGUGCCCGGAUAUGCACUGCAGGGCCGCAGCCCGAACACGGCCUCGCUUGGGGUGGGCCUCCAGGGGCUGCCCGGCGCCUCUGGGUACUGGGUGCUCGUGGCUUCAGCCGUCUGUCCCCACAUCGGGUUCAGACCCUCGGCCGGCUCAGCGUUGUUCUUCAUGCCGACCUCCUCCGGCACCUACGUGUGUGGGGUCCCGGCGUUCUUCACCCACACUGCCCGCUGACCCCCCAUAACC